AUGGUCGCCAACGCCGCCGCCGGGCGCGAGCGGAAGAUGACCACGCGAGAGCUGAAGGAGUGCAUCAGGGAGACGAGCGCGAUACGAGACACGAAGCUGUUCCGCGACUUCGCGGCGUUCGCCGAGAUUCGCGACGAAGAGCGCGCGUUCCACGCGCACCUCGCGGGGGAGGAGCGGGUCAGCGCGCUGCCGCCUACUAGGAAGCCAAAGCCGGACGGCGGCGGCGACGGCGGCGGCGACGGCGCGCACGUCCCGAGCACGUCCGACCCGGUCGCGCUCAUGAUGGACGCGGCCGCGAGGAAGAGCGGAAGGGAGCGCAAGGGCGUGUGGUCCGAGCCCGGGAAGCCGUACGCGUGCGGGAGGUACGUCGUCCGCGCGCCGCGCGCCGCGCCCGCGCCCGGCGACGGCGCCGCCGCGGGCGGCGAGGUCGAGGCCGCCGCGAAGGAGGAGCGCGACGGCGCGCCGCACGACGUCGUGAGAGACAUUCGAAGCACGUUCCCGAGGCGGACGUUGCACCCCGACGACGCCGAGCGCGUGGAGGCGGACGAAUCGGAAAAAGCGGAGGAGGAGAGAGCGGCGACGGAGGAGCGGAGGAAAGAGGAAGCGCGCGAGGGCACCGAGGGUCUGCAGCCGCUGCAGGACCUUCUGAAGGAUCGGAAUAAUCCGGACGCGGCGGCGAAUGCGGCGGUCGUCGCCGGGGAGGAGCCGCCGCCGCCGAUUUUGAGGGUGGGUCAAAAGUUUAGCCACUGCGCGUUUUUGAAGGCGUCCCGCGCGCGCGUCGCCGCCGCGAAAGCCGGGCACGCGCCGCCGCGAGCGAAGGACUCGGCAAAGAAAGAAACGCAGGACGGCGAUGCGUUCGAGACGAUCACGAGAGCAGUCCACGCCGCGCACCAGUGGCAGAGGAACGCGAGGAAAGCGGCGGAGAGCAGAGCGUCGAGGGCGGCGGCGACGGUGCGGACGAAGCGCCGCGAGAGAGACCCGACGAAGAAGGUUGACGCGUGGCGGAGCGAGUUCGCCGCGCAGGAGAAGAGCGGCGUGGAUCGCCUGGAGGCGCUGCUGCGGCCGCCGGAGGAGGAGCGGUGA